GAUUUCCCUGGCUCGGAUGUGGGACCAAUUUUACAUAAGGCAAAGAAAUAUCUUUGCCUGAUGGACUUUCAGGGCCUUGCCUCAUACUCAUACUCACGCCCACAUUCACACGCAACUCUGUGUAACACGACAGCAGUAUACACCGACUCACACAGGCUUAGAAAUACCCGACCAUGAUAUAAUUUUGUCACGUCUGCUGUCUGGCAUAAAUGCACGUACGGAGGAAAAUAAACCAUUUUUUAAACCGCAGUUUCGCUGAAUUUUGCAGCAAGUUUACAGCAAAUCAUAUCAAGUUGUAAUGACGAACUGCAACUAUAAAUGUUUAGCUUACUUGGCAUGUGUUAGCUAACGUGAUUAUUAAAAAUAUGGAAAAUCAAAACCGUCAUCACUCGGUUCAUCAGGGUUACCAAUCUUUUUGGAAAAAAAAUACCCGAGCAGUUCCAGGCAGACCUAGUCCAAAGCAAGAUGCGAGGCAAGGAAAAAUAGGAACGGGGGCAAAUUUUUCAAGUACUUCAGGAAGUACAGUUGUUGGAAUUGCUGGUGGUGGAAGUGCAUCAAGUUCCACGUCUUUCCAAGAUUUCCAAUCAAGUGUCGAUGAUGCUUGGGAUUCGGGAGACGAUGAAUUUUGCACAGUCUCGGACGUCAGAAUAUCUAAACGAGUCAGUAAGUCUGCAGCUCUAAGUGUCAUCAAUAGUCAUAGAUCGGCAGUAACAUGUGCAGAAUCGCAAAAAAAUUUCAAAGACCAUCCUCGAGAAAUGAUCCCGGAAGAAAAGAAAGCAGAAGCUCUACAAAGAUUGGCUGUUCAACCGCUGCAAUUGAGGAAUGCUAAUUUGGGAACUACUGUAUCUCAGAGUCACCAUAAUCCGCCAUGCGCUGAUGAAUUGGGUGUUAAAUCUAGUGUAUCGCCGCAUCAUAGAAAUUCACAGUUUCCAGGAAGACCUCAGCCUCUGCGGCAAACAAAUGCCACUUCUAAAUUUUACAUAGCUUCCAAAGAACAAGAUGGCGAGAGUAAAAUAGAUAAGUUUCAGUCGUUGUUGGAAUCAUCAUUACUUAAUUUGGAUGAAUUGAGACAAUUGUCUUGGUCCGGUGUGCCAGCUAAAUUACGGUCCGUAACAUGGAGGCUUUUGUCCGAAUACCUGCCAGCAAAUUUAGAACGCAGGCAACAGGUUCUGGAACGAAAACGCAUGGAUUACUGGAAUUUAGUAAAGCAGUACUAUGAUGCAGAACGUGAUGAAGGAUUUCAAGACACAUAUCGGCAAAUUCACAUUGAUAUUCCAAGAAUGUCACCACUUAUCUCACUUUUUCAGCAAGCAACUGUGCAAUUGAUUUUUGAGAGAAUUCUUUACAUAUGGGCUAUAAGACAUCCGGCGUCCGGAUACGUGCAAGGCAUGAAUGAUUUGGUGACCCCGUUCUUCCUCGUAUUUCUUCAAGAAGCAGUGCCAAGAUCUGCCUGGCACGAUUUAGAGAAUCACGAUGUCGAAUCUCUGCCGAAAGAUAAGCGCGAAAUAAUAGAAGCCGAUAGUUUUUGGUGCUUAUCAAAAUUUUUAGAUGGCAUUCAGGACAAUUACAUCUUUGCUCAAUUAGGAAUCCAGCACAAAGUUAAUCAACUAAAAGAGCUAAUACAGAGAAUUGAUGCACCCUUGCAUCAACAUCUUCACCAGCAUGGAGUAGAUUAUUUACAAUUUUCGUUUCGCUGGAUGAAUAAUCUUUUAACGAGGGAAAUUCCUUUGCACUGUACUAUUCGUCUCUGGGAUACUUAUCUAGCCGAAUCUGAUCGAUUUGCGUCUUUCCAACUUUACGUUUGUGCGGCUUUCCUUCUACGCUGGAGGCGUCAUCUCCUUCUUCAACCAGACUUUCAAGGGCUGAUGUUGAUGCUACAAAACCUGCCAACACAAAAUUGGACGGAUUCUGAAAUCGGAAUUUUAGUUGCAGAAGCCUAUAAAUUAAAGUUUACAUUCGCUGACGCUCCCAAUCAUUUACAGGGAAACGAUUCCAGGUGACCAUAUUUCUUUGCGAUUAGUUGACUGUUGUCACUUUAAUUUUGUGGUCACAACUAUUUAUGAGCCAACAGUUUUUUUACGUCUAUCUCUUUCGUAUGGCCAAAAUAUGAUUUUCGAGAAUCUACGCAAGUUGUCGGGAUCAAAAUUGGCCGAUUCAACUUUCCAGUUGGGGCUAAUGCUUUCAUGUUUCAUGUUCCCUCUUUUUAGAUCAUUGUGAAUUUUAGUUUUGACUCAAAAUUUUUAUUAAUGAAAGCUAAUUUCCUGAGUGAUUAAUUAAUUAUGUAAUUAAUUUGCCAAGCAAAAAUAUGCGCUUCGUAGUCGCAAGAUUUCGCGUUCGAUUCUUGCUGUCUGCAAUUUUUUGUCAUUCAUUGAAAUGAUUUUUAAUAUAAUUCGUUUCGAUAAUCUUUAAAAAAAUAUGCAAUGAAUCCAUUUUUAUUGCUAUUUUUCACGGAAAAGGUAACAUUUAUAUAAAAUAUAUUUAUUUUCGAAAAAUAUGAUAAAGUUUUAAAAACUAAGUUUUUUAGUGAAAAAAAAGGAUUACAAGAUAGUUAUUUGCAUAGUUUUUUAAGAGAGAAGAAAGAAAGUUUGUUACAUAAGAUAUUUUGUUAAAAAUUCAACAGUUUUG